AUGGCCUUCCCCCCUGAGGAGGCGCACCUCGAGCGGAUGCUCCCACCAGAGGAUACUCUCGACAGACCCAAUAGAGAAAAAUACCUCGCGUACAUCUCCCACUCUAUAAAAAGACAAGAAAGAAAACUCAGCUGCUUCGAAAGGAAUGCAGAUCGAAUGCUCGACUUGGUGGAACUUGUUCUAUACAACAGGAUGAAGGAGGCGUUUUUCUUAAAGGAGCGGAUCUGCGAUCGGGAGAGGUACAGGGAACUCUGCCCGGACGUCUUCUUCUUCGCCAACGAUGACGACCUGAUCGAAGCCAUGGACCGCAACCGCCGCUUCCUCCCCAAGGUGCCCGCCAAGCAAAACCUCACCACCUACCUGGGCCCCUCCCCCUCCAGCAUCUUCGGAGAGCACUACUCCACGUAUAAGGAUUUUUUUAAACUGGUGAGGGUAGACCUCAAGCGCUACAAAUGGCCCGACCCCUACGACGCAGCCAACACGGUUCGGAAUAAAAAUGUGGAAAGAGUCAACUGCUCUGAUUUGCUAAGCAGCUACAAAAUGGGAGUGAAUUCCCCGUGUGGGGAUGGCAUACGAGUGGCCACCAAGGUGGGCAAGGCGGGAGGGACGGCGAAGAAAAGGAAUCCCUUUCUCCCUUUUCUCCCCAUCCUUCAGUCUCCUCCUACGAGGGAGCUCGCGCAACCCACGGAAUACGUCUGCGUGGAUAGAAUCCCCCCCGAGUUGAUUCACCUUUUGAAUUACAGAAAAGUGACGCUCCGGUGA